AGAUCAGAAUUCACUUUUAUGGUCACUCUAAGACAACUAUUUGAAAAAGGAUAUUUGGAAAAAUGUUAAGUUCCCAAUUAAUUAUGGAACAAAUCCGAGAUCAUCCCAUUGUGGCCACCAUUAGCAUUGCCGUCGGCGCUGUUCUGGCAUCCGAGGUGAUGUGGAAGGCGGUUUUGUACUUUCGGGACAAACGGGAGAAGGCACGCCGCGUGCACGAGGUGGUUUGCUUCAAUGAACUGGGCGAGAUCUGCGCCGCACAGCAUCUCCGUAACUGCAGUCCGGGAUCACCGGAACCCGUGGUGUUCCGCUGCCAGAACAAGCACUGCACCCUGAGAAAUGUGGGCAAGAUCGUUGAGCAGAUCGACCGGGCGGAGCACUCCAUUGACUUGGCCAUCUACACCUUCACCUCGCUGACCGUGGCGGAAGCUUUUAAGCGAGCCCUGCAGCGCGGCGUGAAUAUCCGGAUUAUCAGCGACGGGGAGAUGGUCUACUCCUUCGGAUCGCAGAUCACUACGCUGGCCCGCUUUGGAGUACCGGUGCGCGUCCCCAUCACCACUUACAUGAUGCACAACAAGUACUGCAUAAUCGAUGGAGUGGAGCGCGUCAAGGAGAUUCGCAUGCUUAAGAAGCGCAAGUGGAUGCGUCCAUGUUACAGUAUCGCCAUCAUAGGGUCCGUCAACUGGACUCGCCAGGGAUUCGGUGGCAAUUGGGAGGCCUGCGUGAUCACCCAUGACGAGAAGGUAACGCUCAUGCUCCAGGCGGAGUUCAACCGCAUGUGGAAGGCCUUCGAGAAGGACGAGAACAAAAUAAUCCAGAAGGAAUAGAUAACCUUAACGGUUAAGACUUGGCAGCUUUUUACCAAAUGGCUCACCACAUUACCAUUCCUUUAAACUUUUAAAUAAGUGUAAAAUAGAUUUGAUAAUAAUUCACGUUGAAUGUAACUAUUUAGCAAUGUUUAAGAAUCGUAAAACAAUAAGCUUAACAAUUUACAUAGCCAUCGAAUUACUACCAAAAAAUAGGUA